UAGAACUGCCGAGGCAUAUAUGGUACCCAGUGGAGAGAGAAGGAAUAUUACGUUUAAGAUUCGAUCACCUAGCAGUGAAGAACUAUAUUUCAUGAACAACUGGAACUGAAUGACUACACCGAGAAGAGUAGGAAUCUAGAAUUCGUUUUUAUUUGUUUCUUAAAGCUUAGCGGACUUCAGAAAUAAUAACCAUGCAGUACCAACACCCUACGUCUUCGGCGAUGAGUGGCAGCGUUCCUCUUUACGCACCGACUCCAAUUCAGCCGGUGCACCCAACUCCGUUUUAUAUUGACGAUAUUCUGGGCAGAAAUGUGACGUCCACCUCCACUUCAUUGAUGCCGACUCCAGCUCUGCCGUCUGCAAAUUCCUCCUUUACCAGUUUGGUCUCACCGUACAGGACUCCAAUUUACGAACCCACCCCGAUCCACCCGGCGUUUUCGCACCCGGCAUCGUUGACAGCUACCUAUAACACUGGCGCGUUUGCCGGCUCAUUCUACCCUUUUCACCGGACAAUGGGCGAUUACGCACAGGCAUUAAUCAGACAUGAUCCCCUUGGAAAGCCUCUUCUGUGGACUCCCUUUAUUCAAAGGCCUCUGCACAAAAGAAAGGGCGGGCAGGUUCGAUUUUCAAACGAUCAAACUAUUGAGCUGGAAAAGAAAUUUGAGACACAGAAGUAUCUCUCACCGCCUGAACGAAAAAGACUCGCAAAGAUGUUACAGCUAAGCGAAAGACAGGUAAAGACUUGGUUUCAGAAUCGCAGAGCAAAAUGGCGACGCCUGAAGCAGGAAAACCCUCAAGCAACCAAAAAGGAAGAAUGCGAGAAUUCUGAAAGCCGUUGCGAUCAGAGGCAGGACAUCUCUUUGAAUCCCGAACAGAAAAACAAAGAAAGAACUCUUAGCAGAUCCCACUGUUCAUCAUCGCCGGCAUCUCAAGAGGAAAUCGAAUCCGACAUUUCAGAAGAUUCGGAACAAGAAGUGGACAUUGAGGACGACAGGCAUUUUCAUUAAAUGUACAAUGAAAGACUGCAUGCAAUUAAAACCCACUUAGCUAUCGCACUAUGGGCCCAAUUCUCGCAUUGAUUUACGCGCUAUAUUUACGCGCUGGAAGAAGAGCUGUAAGCCCCUUCCAGCGUUUAAACAGGGCCCUAUAUAAAAAGGUAAUACAACGAUAAGUGCGUGGCUAAGUAGUUGAUGUAUAUAUGUAUUUAUAUUUGAGGGAUCUCACAAUAACAUUAGUAUAUCAUAUGACCAACAAAGAAGUUCAAUGAGAUCUAUUUAAUUCAAGAAUAUGUUUUAGUACAGUGUCUUUUUAUAGCAUUUUUCACCGAAAUAAAUAUUGUACGAUAUGCAUUAUAACGUUCUUUACUAGGGAUGACUUAAUUGAAUGUGUUUUAAUGUAAGCAUACCUAUUUUGUUAUAUGUGUGUGUUUUGUUUUGGUUUUGUUUGUUUUUUUAAGGUCAAAUUUUCUCAGAAGUGCUGUAAAUAACUAUUUGUUAAAUGAUACACAACACAACAAUGGAAAAUACUUUUUGAGUUUCUAAUAAACUCUGCAUAGUUUUAA